UUGAAAUCGAACAUCUGCUGUACCAACUGUGAGGUCAACUGCUGGGCUUGCUUUAAACCCAUUCGCACUGGCAUCAACGCAAUCAAUGCAGUGCUAGCCAUCGUCGGGUUCGGAUCACGCGUGGCUUCCCGGUUUCCAUUUUCGUUCUUCCUUUAUUAAGUUUAGUUGUAAUAGUAGGCAUCGGCUUUUAGGGCAUUAAUCUAAUCAAUCGGCAAACCAGGCUGAUUUAGUGCUACUUUCGUUUCAUAAUGAAGCUAUUAGUUGUGCUUAGUGUGCUCCUAGUCGGGGCUCUUGCCCAAGAUGGACCCAAAGUCACCGAUAAGGUCUUCUUCGAUAUCACCAUCGGUGGAAAGCCGGAAGGUCGCAUUGUGAUUGGUCUGUUCGGUGGAACCGUUCCAAAGACUGCCAAGAACUUCAAAACUCUAGCCGAGAAUGCGGAAGGCGAAGG